UCUUUAGUCCAGUAAUCUUUCUACAAGUUCGUCGUUUCUUUCAUUCGAUAUCGCGAGAAGCGUGCCUUCAAGAGAAAUUUACGGCGGUGGUGGCCUCAAGUCCCCAAGUCUAGGAGAUAGAGAGAAGCCAUGGCUUGCGGAAGCCUAUGCUUUCAAACCCGUUUCCCUCGGUUCGUCGUCGGCGUCUCCGCUUCUGCUACUUCAUCGCCCUUUUCUAGGAGAGCACUCGCUGGUGGCAGGAGGGCAACGGCGCCGCCCAUGCCUCCCCUGAACCCUAAGGAUCCUUUCCUUUCCAAGCUCGCCUCAGUAGCCACCGCCUCUCCCGACGCCCUAGCCUUAACGCCAGCGGAGUUAGACUCUCCACCCUAUCUCGACCUAUUUGACAGCCCGAAGUUGAUGGCUACUCCAGCUCAGGUGGAGCGUUCUGUUUCCUAUAAUGAGCAUAGGCCAAGAAAGCCUCCACCAGAUUUGCCAUCCUUGCUUCUCCAUGGGCGAAUUGUCUAUAUUGGCAUGCCUCUGGUGCCAGCUGUAACAGAGCUGGUGAUUGCGGAACUGAUGUACUUACAAUGGAUGGAUCCAAAGCAGCCAAUUUAUCUUUACAUUAAUUCAACUGGAACUACACGCGACGAUGGUGAAACUGUCGGAAUGGAGACUGAAGGUUUUGCUAUUUAUGAUGCUAUGAUGCAGCUGAAAAAUGAGAUUCAAACUGUAGCUGUUGGAGCUGCAAUAGGUCAGGCCUGCCUGCUUCUUUCUGCUGGAAAGAAAGGUAGACGGUUUAUGAUGCCUCAUGCCAAAGCCAUGAUUCAACAACCUCGUGUCCCAUCAUCUGGACAGAUGCCAGCAAGCGAUGUUCUUAUCCGUGCUAAAGAGGUUAUCACCAACAGAGAUACACUAGUCAAAUUACUGUCAAAACACACCGGGAAUCCAGUGGAAAAAGUAUCCAAGGUGAUGCAGAGGCCAUUUUAUAUGGAUGCCAUCAAGGCUCAAGAGUUCGGUGUCAUAGACAAGAUUCUAUGGCGUGGUCAAGAGAAGGUAAUGAAUGAGGCUGCCUCUCCUGAGGACUGGGAUCGCCGAGCAGGAAUCAAGGUCGUUGAUGGGAUGUGAAGGCCAAGCAAAGACAUUACUGCUCAAAGAAAGUUCAGGCUAUUCGGAAUUUAAGUAUUUCAAUGAAGUAGUUAUGCAGUUACUCCGGGAUUAAUGAUAAAGUAGAAACUAAAGCGGCUUCAGGAGAUUUAACUGACCUGGAUGCUUCUGUCUAGGUCCAAAGCUACCAUCCUCUUUGCAGAUUUCAAAGCUUGUACAGAACCAAAGGGAAAUUGCAGAAAGCUACUACACUUACAUUGUAAGAAAAUCCCAACCAAAAAGGCUUUCUUAGACGCUUAAAUCUCAAAUACUCCAUUAAUCAAGCCUGGCUAUUGCUUCAAAUUGGCUGCUUUAGUAAGACUACUUUAGUUACACUGUUACAGGUCAUUUAUUGGUCAUGUGCUUAUUUCUCUUGGUUCUUAGCUGAUCUGAACUUCCAAUGUU